AUGGCGGCGUGCUUACCGCUGUCUUUAAAGAUGUCACCCUCAGCUUCACUGGGCUUUAGGUUUCUUUUGACGGAGCAAUAUUUUUCUAGAAAGCUGCUAAACUCUUUGGCGGGGCUCUGCAGACGAGGUUACUCGGUGCAAGCCCAGCAGGCAGUGGAGGAGAGCGGUACAGUCGCCGGGUUCAGCGGCCCCCUGGAUCACUACAGAGGGCUGAUCAGAGACGGAUCACUGCGGGAGGAUGAACAUCAGAAAGAGGUGCUGCAGACACUGGACCAGCUCCACAAAACACUCAGAGGAUACAGCAACACACCCACAUCUAUCUUCUCCAAGUUUUUCACAAAACCGAAGCCUCCAAAAGGUUACUACAUCUAUGGUGAUGUCGGCACAGGAAAAACGAUGGUGAUGGACAUGUUUUAUUCAUAUGUUGAGACUGAAAAGAAAAAGAGAGUUCAUUUCCACGGCUUCAUGUUGGAUGUACACAAAAGGAUCCAUCGGCUGAAACAGAGUAUGCCAAAGAGGAAAGCAGGGAAAAUGGCCAAAUCCUAUGACCCCAUUGCUCCAGUUGCUGAGGAGAUCAGUGAGGAGGCUUGUCUUUUGUGCUUUGAUGAGUUUCAGGUCACUGAUAUCGCUGAUGCCAUGAUUCUCAAGCAGCUUUUUGAGAACCUGUUUCUGAACGGUGUUGUUGUUGUGGCCACUUCUAAUCGUCCCCCUGAAGACUUGUAUAAAAACGGGCUGCAGAGAGUCAACUUUGUGCCUUUUAUUGCUGUGUUACAGAAAUAUUGCCAAACUCUUCGCCUGGAUUCUGGGAUAGAUUACCGUAAAAGGAACAGACCCUCUGCUGGAAAACUCUACUUUCUCUCCACUGAGCCUGAUGUAGAAGCGACACUAGACAAGAUGUUUGAUGAGCUGGCUUUUAAGCAAAAUGACAUAACAAGACCAAGAAUUCUGAACAUUAACAACAGGAAAGUGCGUCUGAACAAAGCAUGUGGGACCAUUGCAGACUGUACAUUUGAGGAGCUGUGUGACAGACCUUUAGGGGCCAGUGACUACCUGGAGAUGUCCAGGCUGUUUGACACCAUCUUUAUUCGACACAUUCCACUUCUGACGCUGAACAAGAAAACUCAAGCCAGGCGGCUUAUAACGCUCGUGGAUGCCCUCUACGAACACAAGGUGCGAGUGGUGAUUCUUGCAGAUCAUCCACUGGAGGAUAUCUUCGUACACAAUGGUGAUCACAGUCAUGACGAGAGCCACAUUCUGAUGGAUGAUCUUGGGCUGAAAAGGGAUGAAGCCAGCAGUCUGUCCAUCUUCAGUGGAGAGGAGGAAAGAUUUGCCUUCCAGAGGACAGUGUCUCGACUCACAGAGAUGCAGACAGAAGAAUAUUGGUUAGAAGGAGACAGAAGCACAAAACCACAGGUGUAAUGUGGAUAAUUCAGCCAUGUUACACAACCGCCACACUCCAUAAACUGUACUCCUCUCUGCCAAAAACAGCCCAGACUGAACACUACUCCUACUCAUCUUAUCCAGAAAUGGGACUGCUCAACAAUAUGAGUGCAAGUGGUGUACACAGAUUAUUUAUUUAAAUCUUAAGGCCUUUUAAUGUGACAUUGCACUUUAUGAAUAAUUUUUAAGGUAAACAUUAGUGUGUCAAAUUGCUUUUAACUCAGUAUCACAUAGUGGUCCAAUUGUAUUUGCCCUUUUUUUAAAAACUGCAAGAAAGAAACUGGAUGACAGACUUUAGUUCGGGGAUUUAAUGUUAUGCGUUUAUUUCUAAUGAUUCAUGUGCAUGGUGCUUGUGAAACGUUUGUUGCACAAACAUUUCACAGGUGCGCUCAACGGUAACAUUUGACUCCAUUCAUCAGUAUUUUCAUUUGGCGGAUAAAAAGGAAACAAAACUUGCAUUACAGGAAGCGUUUUAGUUUACAUAUUACUUUCAAGGCACUAUAUUCUUACGCAUCUAUCUUCAUAAAUGAAACAGACAAUGGUUCAAGUGUCGGAGUUGGUUGAGGCUUAACUGUUAACACUCAGUCAUACACUCUGUCUUUUUAUUAAAAACAAAAAAGCAAUGUGGGAAAUGAAAGUGAAAGAAAACUUAUAAAAAUAUGUGCUUAUUUUGUGCAGAAAUCAAAUAUUAAGGCCUUUUUAACAGCUGUUUCAUAUUGGAGGAUAUAACUGCCUUCAUCUUUGAAUUACAUUAAUUCAAAUAAUGUUUUUUAACUUGCAAUAACCAAACAGUCCACUGUGUCAGUGAGGUUUAACCGCUGCAUUAUUCUUGAUAACUUUUUUGCUCAUAUGAAAGACAUUGCAAAGUAAGUGAUUAUAAGUACUCUGUUUGGUCAAGUCAGUUUAAUUUAUUCAGCCAAAAUUUAAAAACAUUUAAUUUUAAAAUCUAUACAGCAUGCAAUGUCCUCUAUCCUUAAGACCCUCAGAUCUGUGGUGUAAUUAUUAUAAAACAGCCUGUAGUCUCACUUAGGGCUGAGCAGUAUGGUUGAAACAAAUAUUAUGAGAUUGUAUUAAUAAUAAAUUAUUUUGUUGAGAUAUAUAUGUAAUCACAAUAUGGCUAGUGUGUGCAAAAUCAUAUAUAAAAUAAUCACAUUUGUUCAGGCAGUGUUCCACUGUAAACAAAAC